AUGCAAGCAAUAACAUUUCAGCAACCAUUCAAAGUAUUAGUAAAAACUGUCCCGUUACCAAAAAUCAUACAAGAUACUGAUGUUAUUGUAAAAAUUAGUGUUUGUGGAUUGUGUGGAUCUGAUUUACAUAGAAAUGAAGUUGGAAUUGAAAAAGAUACAAUAAUGGGUCAUGAAUUUAUGGGAAUUGUGAGCGAAGUUGGAAGUAGUGUUAAUGAUUUUAAAGUUGGUGAUAGAGUUUUGUCACCUUUUACUACUUGCUGCGGGGAGGUUCAAUUAUUUGGAUGGGUUGAAAAUGGUUACGGACUUCAUGGAGGUCAGACAGAAUACAUUCGCGUUCCAUUAGCAUCUUCAACUCUCAUCAAGGUUCCAGAUGAAAUUUCUGAUAAAACGGCACUAUUACUUGGUGAUGUAUUAAGUACCGGUUAUUUUUGUGCUGAAAAUGGAUUGAAUGAAUUAGCACCUCAAUUAUCUUAUCUAAAACAAUACAAGCUGGAUUAUCAAAAAAAAGAUGAAUAUGAUGAUGUUGUGGUGGUAGUUGUCGGAUGUGGACCAGUAGGAUUGAUGUCUAUUGCAUCUGCGAUCUACUUGGGUGUUAAGAAUAUAUUUUCUGUUGAUAGUAUUCAAGAAAGAUUGGAGCUUGCAAAAGAUUUUGGUGCGACGCCAAUUCAUUUAAUUGAGGAUAAUCCGAUUGAAAGAAUUAAAGAGAUCACUAAUGGAAGAGUUCGUCGAAUGUUGACAAAAACCAUUCCAUUUGCAUUAUCAAAAAAAUUUAAUUUUGAAAAAAUUAUUACACAUGAAAUGAAAUUAUGUGAUGGUGAAAAAGCUUAUGAAAUUUUUGAAAAAAAAUUGGAUAAAUGUGUUAAAACUCGAUCGUUAAAUCGCAUAGAGACUUUAU